CUGCAAACUCCGCGCACCCAUGGCAGUCGCCCAAUUCCACCUGCCGCUACUUAAAUGGCUUGGCUUGUGCCUCAUCGCCACGAUUGUGAUUUUGUGCUUAGCGGGUCAAAGAGCCAACACUGACUACCGGGAAUACACAUUGAGAAAAGCAGUUACCAACAUUGACUCAGAUACCACCAUAGCUGAUUUCACCUCUGCCGAAAAGGACAUCGAGGUGGAUGGCGUCCUGCCACAGUUUUUUGUGAAAACCGCCAAGUGCCAGAUACCGUAUGUGAACCCCUUCGAGGAUGAUGCCAUGGCUAUAUUCCAUCGUGACACCUUUGAGCCCUGCACCAACGAAUCAGCGCUGGUGACCCCCAUCUAUGAUGUCAGUCGUCAGCGCUAUGUGCUGAUCAUAAAUGAGACGCUCGCGACACGCCUCCUCAACUCCAGUGGGGAGUACAAUUGCUACUAUCAGGAGAUAAUGAGAGACCGGGACCACGACAGUUACGAUAAAGUGGAGCGCAAGUACUUCUCGCAGAGUUACGAGGUGCCGCUGCAUGUCCAUGGCUUGAUCCUGGCCUGCCACCGUCUGGGUAACGUGUCGGAUAUUCUGCAGAGCGAUGCAUACACUCUAAUCCAGUACACACCGCCACCGAAAGGACUCUCCCUGGAGCCGUCUAAGCGUAAGCCAAGUGUCCUUAUGUUCGGCAUCGACAGCCUGUCGCGGAUUAACAUCCGACGCACAAUGCCGAAGGUCUUCAAGUUCCUCUCCCAGAGCGGAUGGUACGAACUGAUGGGUUACAACAAGAUUGGCGACAACACCUUUCCUAACCUGCUGGCCAUUUUGGCUGGCUACGAUCCGGAGUCGGCGCUGGUGAAUGUCUGCGACUGGCACCAGAAGGGCUGCCUUGACCGGACCCCGUUUCUAUGGAAGGACUUUAAGAACGCCAGUUACCUCACGGCCUAUGCCGAGGACGAGACAGGGAUGAAUACGUUUAACUACAUAAAACCAGGAUUCCUUGAGCAGCCAACCGACUACUACCUCAGACCCUUUCAGAAAGCCUUCGAGUCGGGCAUGGAUACGUGGAAGUGCAAGGAGUGCUCGAUGAGGUAUUGCAUCGGCCGGCGGAUCACAAGCAGCUACGCUUAUGACAUGGCCAGGGAUUUUGCCCGCCGGUUCGUCCAGGAUCGGCCCAUCUUUGGCCUGUUCUGGUCGAACAGCUUCAGUCACGACAGCUUCGAAAUGCCGGCCAAGAUGGAGGACUAUGUGCUGCAGUAUCUGCUGGACUUUGAGGCGGACGGAGUGUUUGAGAAUAGCAUCGUCAUAUUCCUAUCGGAUCAUGGAACGCGAUGGGGCCGGAUUACGCAUCUGCCCAGCGGCUUCCUGGAGGAGCGCCUGCCAUCGAUGUUCAUCUACUUGCCACCCUGGUUUCGCGUCCAGUAUCCGGAGUACGCCCAGGCCCUGCAGGUGAACCAGAAUCGCCUGUCCUCCAACUAUGACCUUCACAACACCCUGAAGCAUAUCAUAGAGCUUGGCGGUGGAUCCCCAUUGCCCAAAGCUCACGACUGCCCCAAAUGCCAGUCUCUGUUUUAUCCUGUCGACGAACUGAGAACUUGCGAGGAUGCCGCAAUACCGGAUCACUAUUGCACCUGCGAACCCUACAAGCGGAUCAAUGAGAAGUGGGGCGAGAGUGUGGCGCCCAAGGUGAUUGGUCGGAUCAAUGAGUACCUGGCCGCCAGGAAUCUCAGCGACAUUUGCUCGAUUUUGACACUGGAUUAUGUUCAUGAAACAGAGAUAAAGGUACCGCUGGACAUGGACUUUCAUGGCGAUGACCAUCGUGAGGUGGCCACCUAUCGCACCAUGUUCAAGGUCGAUCAAAAUCGAGCUGACUUCCGGGCCACCGUCCUCUUUAAUAAUCUCACACAGACCGUGGAGGUAGACGUAACUACAAUAAGUAGGCUGGAUUCCUACGAGAAUGUUUCCAACUGUGUCAACGACAAGACGGACAAGUUGUAUUGCAUCUGCAUAAGCGAUCUCAAAGGUCUUAAGACGUAGUUUAGACUCCAUUGUCGUUAAGCUAUAUUUAAACAAUAUUUUUUAGAUACUCAAAGACAAUUUUUAAAUUUUGGCGCAUUCGCGUUCAAGUUUGAUAAAAGCUUUUGUUUCAUAAGAGGAGCUAGAAGUUGAAAACUCACCACUGGAAAUGUGUAAUUUUGAUUUCCUGUCGGAGAGUUUUCCUAGCCUUUUUCACAACCAACGUCGAUUUAAGGACGUUAAAAUUGUAAAGAAAUAAGCAUUGAGCUUUUAUUAUA